AUGGGCAGGCCUCCUUGUUGUGAAAAAGUUGGUAUCAAGAAAGGUCCAUGGACACCGGAAGAAGACAUUAUCCUUGUCUCUUACAUCCAAGAACAUGGCCCCGGAAACUGGCGUGCAGUACCUACAAACACCGGUUUGUUGAGGUGCAGCAAAAGUUGCAGGCUUAGAUGGAUUAAUUACCUGAGACCUGGAAUCAAGAGGGGAAAUUUCACUACGCAUGAAGAGGGAAUGAUAAUCCAUCUACAAGCUUUAUUGGGUAACAAAUGGGCAGCUAUAGCUUCAUAUCUUCCACAAAGGACAGAUAACAAUAUCAAGAACUACUGGAACACGCACCUGAAGAAGAAGAUAAACAAAUUUCAGGCAAAUUUGGAUACCAAAAUGACAUCUGAUUCGACCACUUAUCAGCUCGUGUCCAAGAAUUACACAGAAAACUCUUCGGCAUAUGCCUCGAGUGCAGAAAAUAUAUCAAGACUCCUAGAAGAAUGGAUGGGAUCAUCUGCAAAAACUAGCACUGCCCCUGAUGGAAAUCACAAAGAAUUUCCAAGCAUUAUGAGCACAAAAAAUAAUCGCACUGAAUGUUCUUCUUCAACUAGACCUUCACUUGAUUAUUAUAGACCACAGAUAGAUCAAGAAGACAAAAACGUGAUCCCUGCUGAUGAAUUUGAAUCAAUAUUGUCAUUCAACAACUUAAAUGACAUGGCCUUUGAAAUAUCUUCCUGCUAUUCAAGUAAAAGAGGUUCUGAAAGCAGUGGCACUGGCAUUGAUCAGAAUGAUCUGAAAGCCGAAAACAAUCCUCCAUUGUCAUUUCUUGAGACAUGGCUACUGGAUGAAACAUCAGGUCAAGAAGUGAUGGAACUUCCACAAAUAUUCUAG